AUGAGCAGCACUGAGGCUGAGAAGACCACGAUAGGCACGAGUGACCUGUCUCACAAAUACUCGGGACCCGAAGACACCAUCGAGAAGGGGGACCCACCGAAGCUGUUGAAGGAGAAUUCCCCCAACUUUCUCAGUGCCCGUACCAAAAUGGGCACAGAUUACUUGUCCACUGUCUUUGAGAAAAAGGACAAGAAUAAGGACAAGAGUUCAAAGAAUAAGGACGAGAAGGUUGACUCGUCUGAGCUCCUCUCCUUGCUGGGGGAUAUAGCCACAGAUUACCACAAUCAGGGCCACGGAGCGCCACCCUGUUCUGGGGGAAAUUAG